GUGCCCCCAACCCUGCAGCAGACCACCACCAACCCACUCCUCCACCGGAGACUCCUGGACACUCACAGACAAGGCGACAUGGCCUCAGAGGCCCACAUGCCAGGCCCAGAGUGCCUCAUUGAGAACACUAAUGGGCAACUGCUGGUUAAUCCAGAAGCUCUGAAGAUCCUGUCUGCCAUCAGGCAGCCUGUUGUGGUGGUGGCUAUCGUGGGCCCCUACCGCACAGGCAAGUCCUACCUGAUGAACAAGCUGGCCGGGAAGAACAAGGGCUUCUCUCUGGGCUCCACAGUGCAGUCUCACACGAAGGGCAUCUGGAUGUGGUGUGUGCCUCAUCCUAAGAAGCCAGACCGUACUCUAGUUCUGCUUGAUACUGAGGGCCUGGGGGAUGUGGAGAAGGGUGACAACCAGAAUGACUCCUGGAUCUUCGCCCUAGCAAUACUCUUGAGCAGCACUUUCGUGUACAAUAGUAUGGGAACUAUCAACCAGCAGGCCAUGGACCAACUGCACUAUGUGACAGAGCUGACAGAUAGGAUCAGGGUAAGAUCCUCACCUGAUGUGGAUGAGGUUGAGGCUGAGGAUUCAGCUGACUUUGUGAGCUUCUUUCCAGACUUCGUAUGGACACUGAGGGAUUUCUCCUUAGACUUGAAAGCAGAUGGAGAGUCCAUCACAGCAGAUGAGUACCUGGAGAAUUCCCUCAAGCUUAAGAAAGGUACCAGCCCGAAAGAUAAAACUUUUAAUCUGCCUCGACUCUGUAUCCGAAAGUUCUUCCCAAAGAAGAAAUGCUUCAUCUUUGAUCGGCCCACUGAUAGGAAGAAAUUGGGCCAGCUUGAGGAACUGUGUGACGAUGAGCUGGAUUCCGAAUUUGUGCAACAAGCUGCAGCCUUCUGUUCCUACAUCUUUAGCAAUUCCAAAACUAAAACUCUCUCAGGAGGCAUCAAGGUGGUGGCACCAACACUUCUGUUGGGGACCCUGGUGCAGACCUAUGUCAAUGCCAUCAGCAAUGGGAAUCUGCCCUGCAUGGAGAAUGCAGUCCUGGCCUUGGCUGAGAUAGAGAACUCGGCCGCAGUACAAAAGGCCAUUGCCCACUAUGACCAGCAGAUGAGCCAGAAGCUCCAGCUGCCCACAGAAACCCUCAAGGAACUGCUGGACCUGCACAGGGCCAGUGAGAAAGAGGCCACUGAAGUCUUCAUGAAGAGUUCCUUCAAAGACAUAGACCAAUUAUUUCAAAAAGAAUUAGUGGCCCAGCUAGAUAAAAAGCGAGAUGACUUUUGUAACCAGAAUCUUAAAGCAUCAGAAGAUCAUUGCUCUGCUUUACUGAAGGAUAUUUUCAGUCCUCUAGAAGAAGAUGUGAAACAGGGGAUUUAUUUGAAACCAGGGGGCUAUCGCCUCUUCAUUGAGAAGAUGCAAGAGCUGAAGAAGAAGUAUGUUCAGGAGCCCAGAAAGGGCAUACAGGCUGAGGAGAUUCUUCAGGAAUACUUGAAGUCCAAGGAGUCUGUGACUGAUGUAAUUCUACAGACAGACCAGACGCUCUCAGAGAAGGAAAAGUCGAUUGAAGUGGAACGUGUGAAAGCUGAAUCUGCACGGGCUGCAGCAAAAAUGCUGGAGGAAAUGCAAAUAAAGAACCAGCAGAUGAUGGAAGAGAAAGAAAAGAGCCAUCAGGAACAUGUGAAACAACUGACUGAGAAGAUGGAGAGGGAGAGGGCCCAGUUACUGGAAGAGCAGGAGAGAACUCUUGCUCUCAAACUGCAGGAACAGUCCCGACUACUACAGGAAGGAUUCCAAGAAGAGACCAGACGACUUUAUAAUGAAAUACAGAAUCUCCAGAAGAAGAUGAAUAAACCAAAGAAGGGGUGUUUCCUAGGCUAA